UGUGUUUGCCUCCUCAUUUUGCAGCUGAUAAAUACAAGGAUUCCACCCCUGAUGGUGCUAAAAAUGCUGACAACACAGCAAAAAAUGCAGAGCCACUGAUUAACCUGGAUGUGAAUAAUCCUGAUUUUAAGGCUGGGGUGAUGGCUUUGGCUAAUCUGCUUCAGAUCCAGAGACAUGAUGAUUACUUAGUGAUGCUCAAGGCAAUUCGGAUUUUGGUUCAGGAGCGCCUGACACAGGAUGCCAUAGCCAAAGCCAGCCAGUCCAAGGAGGGUCUGCCUGUUGCUCUGGAAAAGCACAUUCUUGGAUUUGACACGGGAGAUGCUGUUAUCAACGAAGCUGCCCAAAUUCUGCGCCUGCUGCACAUCGAGGAGCUCCGGGAGCUGCAAACCAAAAUCAACGAGGCCAUCGUGGCUGUCCAGGCCAUCAUUGCUGACCCCAAAACCGACCACAGACUGGGAAAAGUGGGGAGAUGAAGGGACAAAAGCUUUCAGCCCUGUUUGUGCUUAGUGCAAAUUAGGAACCACGUACAGCUCCCACUCUGGCAUGCAGUUUGAAACGGGAUUCAUUUGCCUGUUUGGAAAGAAAACAGGAAAUGGAAUCCUGACUUCUGAUGAAUUACCAGUUUUUUUCUUGAAAUAAAUGAAAUUGAGGGAAACAGACAAAUUGUUCUGGUGAGCUCUGA